UUAAGAAAACAUGAUUAAUAAAAGAGAAAAUGAAAUAUUUACACACGACUUUCAGAAAAAAGGAUAAACACUUUGUUAACAAAUACCUGUCUGUUGUAUACAGCAAAAAGAAAAAGUGAUUACUUGCCUUAAACAUUUUUUUGCGGCGUUAAGAUACAGUUAUCACAAAAGAUAAGAAUGCUGCGUGUAAAGCCUAAGGAGGCUGCAGUCACUCGGUAUUUCUUGGCUGCGUGGAGAGGACGUAAUUCUUCGAGACCCUUCACUGUGAUUCGUUAUCAGAAGAAACACUACUGCGAGGAUGAAGCUCCCAUCCAUUGACCUUAUACUGACGUCGGUAGCGGACGGCUUUCACAGACCAGAAAGCAGAAGCCGGUACGAAGCUGCAGCAGCGGUUGUGGCGGCCUACGGCGCUUUCUCGCUCUACCGCUAUAUCGCUAAAAGAAACAGAAGGAAGAGAUGGAGAGACGUGCCUAAGGACGUAGUGCUCGUCCACGCUUUUCCCAAAAGUCGCUUCGCCCCCAACGUCUCCCCUUUCGUCCUCAGACUAGAGACUUACCUGCGCCUCGCUAAGAUCCCCUACCAGCUGGACUACGAGGAACCGACUGGACCUAAGGACAAAUCCCCGUGGGUCACCUGGAAUGGGGAAGAUAUCGCAGAUUCUCAGAUCAUCAUAGAGAGGCUGGGGCGCCACUACGGCAAGGACUUCACCAGCAGACUGACAGCAGAGCAGCAAGCAGCGGCGCGGGCGAUUAGUCUGAUGGUGACUGAACAUUUAUGCUGGGGUCUUCGAGUUUGGCGAUAUGAGCUUGAUCGAGGUCGCGCUGUCAUGCGGAGUAUGCAGAACGUGCCCUUGUACAUGCGCUUGGGGAUGCCCUUGCUUCGCUGGAGAAUCAUGAGGGACCUGAGAGUCCAAGGAAUCGGCAGACACAGCCCGGAGGAGGUAGAAGAUAUGGUGAAGAAGGACCUGGCUGCCAUCUCCCUUUACCUUGGUGAAAAGGCGUUCCUGAUGGGGGACGAGCCAAGCGAGGUGGACUGCACGGUGUUCGGGUUCCUGGCGCAGCUGAAGUGGAAUUACCCGGGGUCGCCCUACGAAGCCAUGCUCGAGACGGACUUCCUGAAUCUAAGUGGCUACAUAUUACGCAUGAAGGAGAAGCUGUGGCCUGACUGGGAUCAGUGUCUGGCUCGCCCGUAAACGCCAUAAUUAUUCA